AUGCCAGCUAAAGCUGCUACUCUUAACAAAUUGUCCUCCAGAACUCACUCUGAACUUCUACCAUUACCAUUCCUCGCACACACAAAAGAGCAGAGAAAAUUGGGAGACCUCCUCGAGCAAUUAUACGAUCAAAACGUCGCUGCAAGAGAGCCCACGGAUCUGGAGACCUUACUGAAUACCAUGCCAGCUUGGACAAAGGAGAAGGUGCAGCUGUAUGCGAAUGAACAGGCGAAGAAGCGGAACCCGUUUGUAGAGUACGAGUCUCUAAGCGCAAGAAUCCCUCGUGAGCCUUCAACUAGUGAAACAGCUGCUGCGUACUAUGAAGCUUUUUUGAAGUCCAAAAAUGUAUCAGAGCCAAAGAAGUCCUUAAGAUGCCGUUCACCGCAGAUGGGCUUGACGGAAAUUCAGAACGGGCAGAGGUACGGGUUCAUGAAUGAGAACGAGAAGAUGUGGCAUAAAAAGUGCCUGGAAUCAGAAGGAGAAAUUACCAGGCUUUUGCUUCUACGUAUAUAA